AUGACGAGCACCAUCGACCCUCGCGCUUUCGCGAUUGCCAUCGAGCUGGCCAACCAGCUGUCAAGCGACGGCGCGUUCGUCGACGAACGCAACAGCAAUCUGAGCGGCAAGCAGCACGUGUACAUCCCGAGCAAUGACGACAUCGCGGGUGACUCGAUUUUCGAUGAAGGCAGUCUAGCGUUGCAGGAGCUGAUCCCGGGCAGCGUCAUGGACAUCCUAGUGGAAGGCGCAACGACACAGACAAUGAAUUCGUCAGCAGUACACGGUCUGGCCCGGCACUCAAGCUGGUGGUCGCUGAUUGAGCGCAUAGAGGACAUCACGGAGGAGGACUUGCUGGUGAUGGAAUGGUAG